CCCGUACAGGUUCAUUCGUGACUGUAGGGGAAAAACAAAACCCAGACCCGGAGGAAAGAUUUCACCUCCAAACACAGGCUGAAGAUAAAUUAUACACAAUCAAGCGUUAAGAGGAGAGAAUUUGUUGUUUGGAAAGAAAGAAACAGCCAUCUCUGUGCAGUGUGUUCUUCUUCUUCUGUUCUUCCAGGAGCAGCUCGAGCGCACCUUCUUAUCAAUUAAGGAAGGAUGAACAACACGUAAUAACACACCGUACCCGCUUGAUAUUUGCUUUAGAGAGCCUAAAACCAACAAAGCGUCAACGAUUAACGUCUGUAAACAGGACACGAGGUGCUCUGAAGUCAGCGUUUCAGGAGCGAUGGAGGGUUGGGGUGGAUUUCGGACGCUGCAGUGCUACGUGAUCAGCUCUCAGGUGCUGGGCGUGGUUUGCGUGGUGCUCACGGGGGUGUGGAUGGGCCACUACCACGGGGGCUACGCCUGGGACAGCUCGCAAAAGCAGUUUAACGUGCACCCGCUCUGCAUGGUCAUGGGCCUCGUCUUCCUGUAUGGAGACGGCGUGCUGGUGUACCGUGUGUUCAGGAACGAGAGUAAGCGCUCGGUGAAGAUCCUCCACGCUCUGAUACACAUGAUGGCCCUCGUUAUCAGCAUUGUGGGUCUGGUGGCCGUGUUUGAUGUCCACAAUAAAGCCGGCUUCCCUAACAUGACCUCUCUGCAUAGCUGGUGUGGCAUGCUUACCUUCAUCCUCUUCCUCAUGCAGUGGCUGCUGGGAUUGGGCUUCUUCCUGUUUCCUUGGGCAUCAACAGUGCUACGGAGAUGGUAUCUGCCACUGCAUGUAUUCUUUGGCCUGGUGCUCCUGGCCAUGUCGGUGGGUUCCUCGCUCAUGGGCAUCUCCGAGAAAGCGAUCUUCAGUGGCCUGCCACCGUUCGCUCCCGAGGAGGUUCUGGCCAACAUGCUCGGCCUGCUGCUGGUGUGUUUCGGGGUGCUCGUGGGCUACGUGGUGACCAGAGAAGAGUUCAGACGACCGCCGAACCCCGAGGAAGAGGCUCUGUCUAUCCACUUCAGCACUCUGAGCGAGGACUCCAGGCCCAGCAUGCCUUAACACAGCGCCGACGCUUCAACACUCAUCCUCCGCUUUAGUCUCCAGCCUCCUUAUUCCGUUUUAACCUCUCUUCACUUCCCCCCUGUGUGUGUGCGUGCGUGCGCGCGUAUGUGUGUGUGUUCAGUAACAGAAAGCCGGGGUCAUCGUCUCAUCUCGGCCGUAUCCUACGGAUGAACGUAUCCACGGCGAAACGAGUUUCGGAUUCGAGUACGUAAAAAGAUUUCUCGGUCUUCGUGUUUUGUAUCAAAAUAGCGAGUUAGGAGAAAGAUUCAAAACCUGAUUUGGUUCCAAACCUGCAGGACGGACGCUUUUGUAUCUCCACCCGUUUUCUACCACGCAAAUAACACGAUGAGAAUUCAGGCCUGCGUCCCAAACUGCAUUUUUAUGGAUGAAAUACGAUGACCAAAAUAGAUGACCACCGAAAACCACAGGUAUACUAGCAGACCGUUUAUUAGGGACGGAACGCGGUUUAAGACGUAAGUCCGAAGUCUUCAGGACUCUGUUCGCGGUUAACGUCGUGCCUUCGGGAUUACAGAAGCGUUACGGGAACGGAAGCUCUGUAGGUAAAGAAACGAUCGACUCGGUCGAUGGUUUCGAAGGCAUACGCUAGAGAGGAACGCGUAACGCUAGCUAACAGCUAACACGCUACCUGAAACAGAGCUGCGAAUAGAACGACACAUCAGAAGGAAGGAAAAAUAUACAGUACUGCGCAAACGUUCUUUUUUUUUUUUUUUAGUACAACUAGAAAACUCUUUUCUCAUUUUUUUUUUUUUUAAACGCAAAUUUUAUCGGAGAUGUUUUUAUUUGACGACUUCUACAUUAUCGAGUCGGUACAAGAACGGUUUCGAUUCCCAAACGUUAGUUUUCCAGCACAAGAUUAAACGUUACGGGAAAAGAAACAAAAAAAAAAAACGUUCGUACGACAGUAAAGAAAGCAGAGUAUUGAGUCGUAAGAGAGACUUUUCAGACGUAAAAACGUAACGAAGGGUUUCGCCGAGAAAGUAAGACGCGAGCGCGACGGUCAAAGUCUCCAGGAGAACCGCGUCUGGUUCGGUAAGACGCUCGGUAACACCGGCAGCUCCUUCCCUUAUAAACCCGCACACGUUCUACCUGAGAUCACGUUCUUUAUUUAUUUAUUUAUUUAUUUAUGUUCAAGGCAAAGGGUCGUCACACCGCGUAUCGCCUUUGUUUCAUGUAUACGGUUUACUGCUCUUUAUAGUGUUUUUUUUUUUAUUAUUACUUUUAAAUUGGAGAAACAUUUCAUGUCAUUAUCUUCGAAGGCAUCUUUGCGCUGCAGCCUUUCUUUGCGUGCGCCUAAAACGUUUGCACAGUACUGUAUACGCUGAAGCUUCGAUUGCCCGACUCUCACCCAAGUGCAUCUGAGUUUAAAAUCCGUGAAGCACAGAAAAACACACGGGAAAAGCACCUGAUAGACUAGACGUCCGAGGCCGUUACGUUAAAAUGACAUACGUAUCGAGCGAUUUGAAAUAUAGGUACUAACAAAGAGCCAAAUGCUGAUCACCGUACUCUUACCUUAUCCGUCCCAGCGCUUUUAGAAUGCAUAAAAACACACCAAAAACACCUGCUAGCCAACAGUUUUGCGGAUUAAUAAGCACAGAUCUAUCAGAAUCACACACACCAGGAGUGAACCGAAGAAUCCUGUCCAAGUUUAAACCACCUACAGCUGGCCGAAUUCCCCGGUGAGAACAUAUCCACCCUUCUCCAGGUUCCCGUCGGAUUAGAGGUCAAGAGGUCUUACCUGUUUAGCAGGAAAAAUCAAAACCACCAUCAAUAAUAUGCGACCGGUUCACUCGUCACGUCUGUUCGAUUCGUUUACAUUCUCUCUCUCUCUCCCGAUCGGCCGCAGCACACACCAGUCAUCCUGCAGCAGGACGCUCGGCGUGUCCGAGCUCAGGAGCAUCGGAUUAUACGGUGGUUUUUCUUCUCCCCUGACUCAAUAACCAUGUUGGUUUUUUGUUUGUUUGUUGUUUUGUUUUUUUUCUUUUCAUUUUAAUAAAAGAAAUCCCUCUGUA